AUGCUGGCGGUGAAGGGCCCCGGCGACAGCCUGGGGCUGCCGUCGCUGAUGGAGGGGCGCGGCCAGGACCACCGGUGGCGCGUCUUCUGCCGCGCGCGGGGGGAGGUUACGACCAUCACCGCGCGCAUCAGGGACCUGCAGCAGCUGGUGCAGCAGCAUCCUGACGUGGCGCCAGCGGUGCAGCAGAUCGCGACGCAGCAGGAGACGGACAUGGCCGUGGCAGAGGCCAUGCGGCGCCUGAAGAUAUUCAACAGUUCCUCAUCAAGCCUCCGGCGCAGCGGCGGCUGCGGCCCGGGGCCCGCGUGCGGCGCGCCCGCGCACGGCGCCUGUGAGCGGCCGUUGGCGCCGCUCGCGGCCGGCCGGGAGUGA